AUGCCUCCCGCGAUGCAGACUCGAGUACCCUCGACAAACCUGCUCCGAUUCCUGCGGUCGCAAACGGAGGCCCCAAUCUUCAGCAGCCGGAACCAAGGCAUCGAUUCCGCCGCCUGUAUCUCCCGAUGUGGCGGCUCCCCUCGACCAGCAGCUCAAUACUCCCGGUGCCUCGCGAGGCGGACCCCAAAGACGGGCACGAGAUCCCUCUCGAGUGCGACGACGACGACGACGACGACGAGCUGUAGACGACCCGAGCUCCACAUCACCGCCGCGGCCCGGAUAUCCCGCAGGCCAAGAGCCCUCGAACCACUAGCGACAGCAGCAUCGUCGUCGCCCUCGACGGCCACCGCCUUCUUUAGCACAACCCGCGUGAGGCAGGAUGCCUGUGACGACGACCCAUCGGCCCCCCGCCGGCGGACCUGGAAGGAGAAGCUCUGGGGCAUCAGGAGCUGGGGCGGCGCCAAGGCGCUGAAGCCCAACGACCUCCCCUUCCACGACGAAGGGGGCUCUAUGUUCAACAAUCGCCGCGUUCUGACUGCCAAAGCUGCGCUUGAGCCGAGGCUGCGGUGCACAGAGGUGGACGAGAACGGCGAGGUCAUCUUGGUGGAUGGCGAGUUCAAGAAGACGGAGCUCAUCGCAAAGUACGGCCUGCUACCCCGCGACUUGCGAAAGAUUGACUCGUCAAACCUCCCUCACAUCUUUGUCCGCCAAUCCGCCAUCCUCCUCAACCUCCUCCACCUCAAAGUCCUCAUCAAAAAGGACCGCGUCCUCCUCUUCGACGUCUACGGCUCAAAGACGUCCUACCCGCAAUCUGCCUUCAUGUACGACCUGCAAGGCAAGCUGAAACAGAAGAACGCCCAGGGCGGCGGCGGCAACGGCGUAGGCGGUCUCCCCUACGAGUUCCGCGCUCUCGAGGCCGUCCUCACCUCCGUGACGUCGGAGCUCGAGGCCGACUUCGAGUCCGUUCGGGACCCCGUCAUCCGCGUCCUCAGCGAGCUCGAGCACGACAUCGACCGCCACAAGCUGCGCGUCCUACUCAUCCUCUCCAAGCGCGUGAGCACCUUUGAGCAAAAGGCCAAGCUGGUCCGCGACGCCAUUGAGGAGCUGCUCGAGGCCGACGACGACCUGGCUGCCAUGUACCUCACCGAAAAGGCCCACGACCUCUACCGCGGCGUCGACGACCAUACCGAGGUGGAGCUGCUGCUGGAAUCGUACAACAAGCUCUGCGAUGAAAUCGUCCAGGAGGCUCAGAACUUGGUGUCUGGCAUCCGCAACACUGAGGAGAUCAUCCGCGCAAUCCUAGACGCCAACCGCAACGCCCUCAUGCUCCUAGACCUCCGCUUCAGCGUCGGCACCCUAGGCCUAGCAAUGGGCACCUUCCUCGCGGGCCUCUACGGCAUGAACCUCGAAAACUUCAUCGAGGACACCAACUGGGGCUUCGCCGGCGUCACAAUCACCUCGACAAUCUGCUCCCUCAUCGUCUGCUGGUACGGCCUCGUCAAGCUCCGCAAGGUCCAGCGCGUCAAAAUGAUGUUUGACGAGCGCGGGCCCCUGACGCGCAACACUCGCUCCCUGCUGUCGUCGUCGUCUUCGUCUUCUUCCUCGUCAUCGUCAGCGCACGCUCAGCAGCAGGCCGUCGGUCAACAGCAUUGGUUCCAGGACGACGGGCCGGGGAGCCAGCUGGACGCGAGGAACCGCGAAAAGAUGCGGCGCGUGACGAAUCAAAAGGCUGCCGCGGCGGCGAAUGCCAAGAGCACGACCAAGAAAUGGUUCCAGUGA